GGAAGGACCGGACACUGCAGCUGUUCUUGGCAAGGUGAUGACGUCAACGGUUGGUGUGCUGACAGCGAUGGUGGCAGCGAUCGCUCUGGCGACAGGCUCCUGGAUCCCGUCCGACGGGGACUCUGCCAGAGACGUGGAGAACAGUAUCCUGGAACCGGUGUUCAUACGGCGUCUCACCAUAGACGGCCUCCGCCAUCGAGACUAUGGCACACGUGGGAAGCGGCGCGGCGGCGUGGUGUGCACGGACGUGGCCGGAGAACCCCGCAGGUGCUUCUACGAGGAACUCGUGGAGAUGCGCCGGCCAGAGGACGUCGUCAACGUGUUGUCCGCCAAAAGUGAUCGCCAACCGAUGGAGUCACACGAUGUGGGCAAGCGGCGGCGCACGCUGGAGUGCUACAUCGGCGGCAGGAUGGGCGGCUGCGACUACCAGGACAUCAAACAGGCCCAGGGCGAGGACCAGCACCUCAACAGCAUCGACUCGCCUGGCAAGAGGGACCUCGACUGAACCACCGGACCGGCUCCUCGACCACUCUCCGUUUCCCCACCCCAUUUAUUGUUUCCGCGCUUCAAAGACACCACGUGAAACUUGUCAACGACUUCCAUUCGUGGCCGCUGGGCAGUACUCAGUGCAUUCUCUCAAGUUAACCUGCACUUAGUUCUUCUACUUUAAUGGUUUACUUGUUCCUACAAUUCAUGUGUCACACACACUUUAAACUUUUU